AUACAUACUGAAGAACAUAAUUUCUUCUGCCAACAAUGCACAACUCUACUUAUCAUCAUUAUAACAUAAGCGAUAUUAGGAAUUGAAAAAAUCGAACACAAAAUCUCGAAUGCAGGGUUCUCAUUGUUUUUUAUGCACAUUUGUAAAACACUCACUGAUGUUGUAUCGUUGCUGCUGUUGCUUUUUUCUUUGAACCCACAGAAAAAAGAAAAAGAAAAAGGAAUUAAAAGGACAGACAAGAGCCAAAGAGCUAGUGAAUUAGUAUGCGAGGUUCCUUAGAGUUCACUCUUUCGAAACUAUUACCACAAUGCACGUUCAAACAGUUGAAGCAAAUCCAUGUCCUCAUUGUUACUACCUCUCUCAACCAAAACAUCCAAAUUUUCUCAAAAUUUCUCCGGCGGAGCACCGAGUUUGGAUCCAUGGAGUAUCCCAAUCUCAUAUUUUCCCAACUGGGUCCUCAACUCAGUAACAACAUUGUGAUUCAGAACGCCAUGAUCAGAGGGUACGAUAUCAACGGUCCGUUCGAUCAAUGCGUCUCAGUGUUUGAUGAAAUGCCUCUGAGAGGAAUCAAACCCCAUAACUUCACCUACCCAUAUGUCUUGAACUCCUGCUCUAAAUUGGGUUGGUACGGAAAAGGAAAACAAGUGCAGUGCCAUAUUGUAAAGCAUGGGUUCGAGUCAAAUCUGGCGGUUGCUAAUGCCCUUUUCAAUAUGUAUGUUAAAAUGCUGGAUUCCUGCGACUCUGGUGUUGUAAAUUAUAGGUCUUUGAAUGAUGCCCGCAAGGUGUUCGAUUAUAUGCGUGUGAAACCUGUAGAAUUGUGGAACCGCAUGAUCUCACGGUAUGCGAGCGGUGGUGAUGUUCAGAGUGCGAGAAAGUUGUUCGAUGAUAUGCCUGACAAGGACGUCGUUUCAUGGAAUUCUAUGAUUUCCGGUUAUGCUGAAGUAAGAGAUGUAGGCAGUGCAAGUGAUUUGUUUGAGAGGAUGCCGGAAAAGGAUGUCAUCUCGUGGACAUUGAUGAUCGGAGUAUAUGCCAAUGCCGGAGACCUUAGAACGGCAAGAAAGUUUUUCAACACAAUGCCGUGCAAGAAUGUGGUGUCUUGGAACAGUAUGAUAUCAAGUUACAACCAGCAUAGACAAUAUGAAGAAGCAUUGGAUGUUUUUGUGCAAAUGCAUUCGGAAGGUGUGGUUCCGGAUGGAUAUACAUUUGUUUCGGUUCUGUCAGCUUGUUCCCACUUGGGUGCCCUAGAUUUCGGAAAAUGGACACACAGCUUGAUAGAAGAUUGGUCUCGUUUCGGAACCAUUUCAGGGACUGCCCUUAUCGACAUGUAUGCGAAGUGCGGGGACAUAAACAGAGCGUUUGCUCUUUUUAUCAAGAUAGGAAAGAGGGAUGUAUUUUGUUGGAAUGUUAUGAUUAGAUCGGUCGCUAUCCACGGAAGAGCAGAAGAUGCCGUCAAGAUAUACUCAUUGAUGCAGAAGGAAGGGUUGAAGCCGAAUGACUUCACGUUCACCGCUGCUCUCUUCGCUUGUAGCCAUGGAGGCUUGGUAGAAGAAGGCGAAAGAAUCUUCCAUUCCAUGGAUAAAGAAUUUGGGAUUGUGCCAAAGCUUGAGCAUUUUGGCUGCCUAAUCGAUUUGCUGAGCCGAAAUGGUCGGGUGGAGGAAGCACUACGUAUGGUGAAGGAAAUGCCGUAUAACCCCGACAUUGCUAUAUGGGGAACAUUGCUUGGGGGUUGCAGAGAAACUAGUCACCUUAAGUUGGCAGAGGAAGUGAUCGAGAAGGCUACUGAGUUGGAAACAGACGAAUCCGGGGUUUAUGUCCUCUUGGCUAACAUGCGUGCCUCGGCAGGGCAAUGGCCAGAGGCUCAAAGUGCAAGAGAGAAAAUGGAAGAAAAGAAGAUUUGGAAGAACACAGGACGCAGUCAUGUUUAUGCCUCUAAUGGAACCCAGGAGCCCGACAUCGAAAGCCACUCAAAAUAUAGAGAGAAGGUAGAACAAAUUAGAUUCACUUCAAACCAAUGUGAGCCUCAAAAAGAAUAGCUAUUCACUCAAAAUAUGCAGCAUUUCG